UAAUCUUCACACAGGUGCAGCGUCAAUUUGGUAAGUUCUAGAACUUCUUGUUUUUGCUAUGUUUUCCCGCGGCGUUUCCCAGUGAAAAGCGCCGAAUAUCGCUUGGAAAUCUUCCUGAGUGCCUUCAGUUUGCCAUCUAGUUUUCGAAUGCGUGCGUUUUGUGUGCAUUUACGAGGAAUCGCCCUAAAAUACCAGCUGUUUUGAUCGCCUACUGGCGCUGCGCUUUGAUGGCACUUUUCCUGCCAAACAAUGGAUAAUUGUGGCGCACGGAAGCGCUUCAAGGCUGAUAUUCGCCUUUCACAGUCACACGAGAGGUUCAUCAAGCUCGUGGACGAGCUGGACAAUCGCGUGGAGAAGCUGCGGAAAGAUGCCAUAACGCUGCAGGAGAAGAAAGACUACUUGUCCAUGUCGAUGGACCUGCUGAAGAACAACGACCUGCUGACCAACCUGGAGGAGUACGAGCGUGAGGAGAUCACGUGCUACAUGCAGCGCGUGGGCUCUAGGCUCGCCACAGUCGAGCUGAACGUGAAAACGGUGCGCAACAGCGCCCAGGAGGAGUGCCUGCACCAGGUGAACGUCCUCAUUGACUCCGUCAUCUCCAACUCCGACGCCGUGAUCUCACGCCAGCGCUGCCAAAUGUUCCUCAACGCCUGCGAGGGCGCCCCCGAAGCCACCGGCUCGUCGCGCGACGCCCACGAGGUGAGCGUGGACAAGAAAUUCGAGAGUUCCUUGCUGGGCUGCACGCUGGACGACCAGAAGACCAUCAAGAAGCGCCUCAACGCACUUAUUUCCUAUCUCAACAAGCAGACCAUCUCGGACUAACUCGACAACUACCGCUUAAGGCACUUACCCAUUCU